GAUUCGGUUUCCGAUUCAGAGUUUUCUUUUUGAACAGACUAAGAGCUCGUCUUUCCCAACUUGAAAAGAAUCAAAACAUUACCCUCUCGCUCUGUCACACAGUGCUGCUACUACUACUUUCCUCUAUGCGACCAAACCUGAAACCACAAUGCUACUUCGCUUCCAUAGAACAGCCUCCACCUCUCGUUUACACCCCUUGAUCACAUCACUUUUCUAUUCUCACCCCUUUUCCACCUCUCCACCACCCAUUUCCGACGCCGCACACCGAACCCUCCUCUUGAACUCCAUCCGCACCCUCGAAACCGCCGACGCCGUCGUCGCCGUCGACUUCUUCCACCGAAUGCUAACCCUAACUCCCUUCCCCUGCAUCCAAGACUUCAACCUCCUUUUCGGCCUCGUUGCUAAAUCCCAGCACUACGCCACCGCCAUUUCCCUAAUCAAAAUCCUUCACUCGCUCGGCGAUGGAAGUGCUGACGUGUGCACCCUCAACAUUGCCAUCAAUUGUCUCUGCCACAUGCGCAAAACGACGUUAGGGUUCGCCGUUUUGGGCCUCAUGACCAAAAUCGGCUUGGAACCCACGCUGGUGACACUUAACACCAUUGUUAAUGGUCUUUGCAUUGAAGGGGACGUGAAUCAUGCACUUUGGUUGGUGGAAAAAAUGGAAAAUUUGGGGUAUCACUGCAAUGCUCGAACGUAUGGGGCGUUGGUUAAUGGUUUGUGUAAAAUUGGGGAUACUUCUGGUGCUUUGGAGUGUUUGAAGAAGAUGGUGAAGAGAAAUUUGGGGCCAAAUGUUGUGGUUUAUAAUGCGAUUUUGGAUGGGCUUUGUAAGAGAGGGUUGGUGGGUGAGGCUUUGGGGUUGCUCCAUGAGAUGGGUGUUGUUAAUGUUGAGCCUAAUGUUGUGACUUACAAUUGCUUGAUUCAGGGUUUGUGUGGUGAGUUUGGUGGGUGGAGGGAAGGGGUGGGUUUGUUCAAUGAGAUGGUGGCUGAGAAGGGGAUUGUGCCGGAUGUGCAAACGUUUUCGAUUUUGGUGGAUGGUUUUUGCAAAGAAGGGUUGCUUCUGCGGGCGGAGAGUGUGGUGGGUUUUAUGGUUAGGAUUGGGGUGGAGCCGAAUGUUGUGACGUAUAACUCGUUGAUUGCCGGGUAUUGUUUGAGGAGUCAGAUGGAGGAGGCGAUGAGGGUGUUUGGUUUGAUGGUUCGUGAGGGGGAGGGGUGUUUGCCAAGCGUUGUGACACAUAAUUCGCUGAUUCAUGGGUGGUGUAAGGUUAAGGAGGUGGAUAAGGCUAUGAGUCUGUUGAGUGAAAUGGUUGGGAAAGGGUUGGAUCCUGAUGUGUUCACUUGGACCAGUCUUAUAGGUGGGUUUUGUGAAGUGAAAAAGCCACUGGCUGCAAGGGAGUUGUUUUUUACAAUGAAAGAGCACGGCCAGGUUCCCAAUCUCCAGACCUGUGCUGUUGUGUUGGAUGGGUUGCUCAAGUGCUGGCUUGAUUCUGAGGCGGUGACAUUGUUUAGGGCGAUGAUGAAGAGUGGUCUAGAUCUUGAUAUUGUGAUUUACAAUAUUAUGCUUGAUGGAAUGUGCAAGAUGGGAAAACUGAAUGAUGCAAGGAAACUUCUUUCUUGUGUUCUGGUUAAAGGGUUGAAAAUUGAUUCAUAUACUUAUAAUAUAAUGAUUAAAGGUCUGUGUAGAGAAGGACUGCUGGAUGAUGCUGAAGAGUUGCUUAGGAAAAUGAAAGAGAAUGGGUGCCCGCCUAAUAAAUGCUCUUAUAAUGUCUUUGUCCAGGGACUGUUGCGAAAAUAUGAUAUUGCAAGGUCCAGAAAAUAUCUUCAAAUAAUGAAAGACAAAGGCUUUCCAGUAGAUGCUACCACAGCCGAGUUGCUUAUACGUUUCUUAUCUGCUAAUGAAGAAGAUAAAUCAUUUAAAGAGUUCCUGCAGAUUUGAAGUUUGCUUGAAUUUAGUUUCUAUAUGAGGAUUCAUAUCAAUUUUGGAAACCAGUCUAAUCAUAAUGUUAGACUGUCAACCAAGCCCAUUAAUGGUGGGUUCCAUCCUUUAGACAAUUGUUGGUUCAACUUCCCCAAAAUCUUUCAUAACCAUAGGGUAGAAAGUACAGGGAAGACCAUGAAAUGACGAUCUUCUAUGAAAUUCAAACCAGGAUUAUGACAAUUAUGGAACUCUGAAGGUAUAUCAUCCAAGAGUUCAGAGAAGCCUCCAUGUUCUUGCCAAGACAUUAACCCAACUCCAUGCCAACAAACUGAAGACCUUGUUCUUCUAGCUUUCAGUCCCAAUAUUCUGGUACCAACAAUUAUGUUUUGUAUCCACACACAUGAAGGAGGUGCUGAUGAACCAGAUUUGCACUAGAACGUCAAGUGUGUAAACUUCUGGUUGCUUAAACUCGUUUCAAACAUGCCUUCCUUCUCCCUCCAUUCUCCACCCCAAGAAAGAAACCACGGUUUCUACAGAACCUACAUUUUCCAGCAAUCCUCUCAAAUCUCAAUCAUUCCAAUCACCAAUGUAACAUUGGAGACAAUUGGUCUGCAGGCAUACGGGGAGCCAGGCAUGCUCAAUUUGAACUGUUUCUAUCUGAUUUUUCCUUCAAUAAGUUGCAACCAGACAUGAUUCUAGGUGGAUUUCCACAGCAUGAGAUCAUUCAUCCUUGGUUGCUUGUUAUGCUUCCUGGGGGGACCUGUAAGAGCAGAGCCAAGAACAAUGUCCACAUCUUGCCUGUCGACUGGAAAAUUCUGGCCAGAAUUUGAAGGAACCCAAUGAAGUGUAAUCGCCCACAUCUUGUUUGUAUAACUUAUUCACACUGAACAACAGAGUUCAAACAGUUUAAUUGGCUUACAAAAAUAUUUCUGAUAAAAACUUGUGGAUGUGAUUA